UGCGUACGGAGGAGGAAACACCCAUUACCCUGCCUGGGGUAAAAAUCCCAUUAUUAACACAAGAAGGACCUAGUAAUGUGAAGGGAGCAAGUAUGGGAUUCGACGGGCGAGAAUCGACAGAAACAUCCCCGAGUCUUGGGAGGCAGGCAGGAGAGGUGACGAACCAGGGGGUGAGACUACCACCCCAGGUUGAGGAACAGACACUGACAAUGACGAGGAGCGAAUUGCAAAAGAUGAUCGCGGAAGCAGUGACAAUUCAACUCAAACAGACCCAUGUCGAGCAACCUAGGGUCGAGCAACUUAGGGUCGAGCAACCUAGGGUCGAACAGCCUCAAAUAGAGCAGCCACACGUUGAACGUGAGCAGCAAGCCCAGUCGAAUGAACGACACA